UCUGAGACUGAGACGGAGCCCCGGACAGACCAGCGGAGGACUCAGCCUGCAGAUAACGAUGAAGUCUGUCCUCUGGAGCGUCCUGUCCUGCGUCUCGCUGCUGCUGGCUGAUGUUCUGGCCACAUACCAUCACCUCAGUGAGACGGCUCCUCAGCUGCUCGCCGCUCAGAGCUUCGCUCAGACCAGAACCAACGGAAGACCUCCGUUCAGGACCCUGAACCCAGCCAAGACAGACUCCCAGUGCGGGAGCCGCACCAUGGACCUGGUCUUUAUCAUCGACAGCUCUCGCAGCGUGCGCCCCGGCGAGUUCGAGAAGGUCAAGAUAUUCCUGGCCGACAUGGUCGACACGCUGGACGUCGGCUCUGACGUCACCAGGGUGGCCGUGGUCAACUACGCCAGCACGGUCAAGAUCGAGUUCUUCCUCAAGAGCCACUUCAACAAGCCCGACAUGAAGAAAGCCAUCUCCCGCAUCGAGCCCCUGGCGGCCGGCACCAUGACGGGCCUCGCCAUCAAGACGGCGGUGAACGAGGCCUUCACCGAGCAGUCCGGAGCCCGGCCUCGCUCCAGGAAGAUCACCAAGGUGGCCAUCAUCGUGACGGACGGAAGGCCCCAGGACCAGGUGGAGGAGGUGUCCGCCACGGCUCGGGCCUCGGGCAUAGAGAUCUACGCCGUCGGGGUGGACCGGGCCGACAUGCGCUCCCUGCAGCUGAUGGCGAGCAUCCCUCUGGAGGACCACGUGUUCUACGUGGAGACCUACGGCGUUAUCGAGAAGCUCACCUCCAAGUUCAGGCAGACGCUGUGCGGUCUGGACCCGUGUGCCAUGGGACAUGACUGCGAACACGUAUGUGUCAACAGCAAUGCCUCGUUUUACUGCCAGUGCCGGGACGCUUAUAUCUUGAAUGCGGACAAGAAAACAUGUUCCCUGAAACAGGUGAAGGCGGUGGUGGUGGUGGAGGAUCCGUGUAAAUGUGAAGCCAGGCUGGCUUUCCAGAAGCAGACGCAGGCCGCCAUCCAGCUGCUCACCGCCAAACUGGCCGAUGUGUCUGGGAGGAUGGAGCGUCUGGAGAACACGGUGGGCCGUGUUUAAAGCUGGACGCAGCGGUAGAGACAGCUCACCGCUUUACUUCCUGGACAUGGACAUGUCCUUCCUGUCGUCCACAACUGCUGGACUUCAACCACAGAUGGAGUGAAGCUGUGACUCAUAAACCAACAUCCCUCAAGUUACUGUUAAAUAUCUACUGUUGAAUAUGGGCAUUAAACGCUAUGUUUGAAACCGCAGUUAAAGCUACUUUAUUUUAUAAGCUAAUGUAUAAUAACCAGAGAAAACAAGUAUUAUUUCCAUUGUUUCUCCUGUACUGUAUUAAGUGUGUUUUACAUUCUGUUUGUACAAAGUUGCAUAUUGUAUAUAGUAUUUUUUAUGAAAAUGUCAAAUUGGAUUUAAUCAGUAACAGAUUUUAAUUGAAAAAUUUACCAGUAAAAUGUUUCCUAUAUUAGAUAUUUUUGCAUAUUUUCUUUAUUAUAUAAUCUGUUACAGCAGUUUAACUAUUAUUACAAGUUGUAUCAUGUGUUAUGGAUGAUAAAAUGUUAAUCUCCUGAGUCUGUGAAUGUUAUGAGAUUUAUAAUGUUUGCUAAGAAUUAUAAAUGUAACCAAGCUGACAAAUAAAAUAAUAACAAAGGA